AUGGCUGCCGCUCUUGCUCGCCCGGCCCGGUUGCCGAUGCGGACGACGACAUCCGUUGCUGCGGCUUGGAGACCCAUCGUUGGGACACAGAUGCAGACACAGCGCAGCCCCAUGCUGCAGACCGGUGUCCGGUUCAAGUCCGGGCCCUACGGCUACACGCAAGCCAAGGCUCUCGUUUUUUCCAAGUUGGGCGAGCCUGCCGAUGUUCUGAGCGUCCACACACACUCCAUAUCACCCACACUGCCGCCCAAUGCGGCGCUGCUGCGCACCCUGGCGGCACCCAUCAACCCGGCCGACAUCAACACGGUCCAGGGCACGUACGGCGCCAAGCCGACGUUCUCGGCACUGAUUGGGACCGCCGAGCCGUCGUCUGUGCCCGGCAGCGAGGCCUGCUUCGAAGUUGUCUCGGUCGGGUCCGGGGUGACCACCCUCAAGCCCGGCGACUGGGCCCUGCCGGCCGCCCCCGGCCUCGGCACCUGGCGCACACAUGCUCUGGUGGACGAUGCAGACGCCAGCCUCGUCGGCAUCCCCAGAGACAAGCUGGACGGACUGACGCCGGCGGCGGCGGCCACGGCCACGGUCAACCCCUGCACGGCGUGGCGCAUGCUGCGCGACUACGUCGACCUCGUCGCGCUCAGCGUCCGCGCGGGCGCGGGUGCCUGGUUCAUCCAGAACGGCGCCAACAGCGGCGUCGGCCGGGCCGCCAUUCAGCUCGGCAAGCUGUGGGGCCUGCGCAGCAUCAACGUCGUCCGCGCACGCGACACGCCCGAGGCGACGGCGGCGCUGCGCCGGGAGCUGACCGACCUGGGCGCGACGGUUGUGGUGACCGAGGAGGAGCUGCAGGAGCGCGGCUUUUCGAGCGGCCGGCUCCGCAGCGACGAGCUCAUGGCCGACACGGAGAGCCCGCUGCUGCUGGCGCUCAACUGCGUGGGCGGGCGGCCUGCGCUGGGACUGGCCAAGUGCCUGUCGGACGGCGGGCGCAUGGUGACGUACGGCGCGAUGGCGAAGCAGCCCCUCACGAUCCCGGCGGGCCUGCUGAUUUUCCGGGACCUGGCCUUCCACGGGUUCUGGUUUAGCCGCUGGGGCAAGGCGGACCCGGCCGGGCGUCGGCAGACCGUGGAGGCGGUGCUGGACCUGAUGCGGACGGGCAAGUUUUUGCCCGGGCCGGCUGAGGAGAUUCCCUGGACGUGGGAGACGGAGCCCGAGACGCUAAACAAGGCUGUGGCAGGCACACUGGAGGGCUACCGGUCCGGCAAGGGCAUCUUUGUAUUCAAGGAUACAUGA